CAAGAAUAUUAUCAAAAUUUGCACCGCUUUACUCGUUUAAGUUUAUAAUUCAAAUCAUUUAUGGAAGCUAAACCACCGGUCGAUUAUUCACACUACAUCGAAAAUGAAAAUGCUGCUCUACCGGCCACCGCGAUUCAUCGUCAUGCUCAGGCUGGUUAUAACACUACACGAUCUGGAGAAAAGCUUGUUCCUGGAAUAACCAUGGAUUUCGACUUAUCUGAUCCUUUCUUCACUGAGUAUAAGCCAGGAGAAUACAAACCCUUACACGACCCGCAUUUGAAGCAUUUUCUGAACAAAAAGUCAGUUCGGAGAUGCUUGAUGAAAAACAAUCUUGUGACAAAAGAUGGUGAAGUUAGAUGUACUCUUCAAGAAUUUAACAGAUUUCAGCGAAAUCUCAAACACUAUUUCAAAACGCAAAGACGCAUAUCAAGUGCGUUGGAAAAGAAGAAAUUUUAUGUUGAUCCAAGAAAAGUGUUGCGACGUAAAGUAAAAAAUGCGAUGCUGCAAACGCGGAUACAGCAUAACGUUAAGAUUGCAGAAGCUAAAGCGAGGCGUACAGAGUCGAUGAUGAGACGACGAAAACAGAUACUAAAUAAUAUUGUUUUAAAGCAAAAACUUAUGGCUCAGAUGAUAGAAAGAGCUCGCCUGGAAAGGGACAAGGCUGCUAAACAGGCCCAAAUGGAAAGAAAAAUGAGAGAGCUCAUUAAAAUACGACUUGACAGCUGCGAACUUAUCCGCCGUAGUACUAUUCUUCAGAAGAUACGACAAAAGGAGAGAAUGGUCGCCCAAAAACAACUCCUUAAAAGACAGCGCCGAUCGAAGAAACUGACCAACCAGAAUCUCAUUUGGCAUAAAGAACGGAUGAAUGCAAAAGAUGAAGAAAUGAUCAAGUUUUUGGAUCAACUUAAUGAAAAACAAACUCGGCGAAAACGAUCGAUUGCAGCUCGCACAUAUGACUCUGAAUUGCAUAAAAACGCCGUCAAUGAACAGCAGAAAAUGGUUUUUGAUAACCACGUACGGAUCGAGGACACUCAUCUAGACGAAGCUAAGGAAUGGGAAAAGAAAGUCGAAAACAACAGAGCCAAGGCAGCAAGCAACUGGAGAGCUAAGAUGCAUUGCAUGCAAACAAUUGCUGAAGGAAGGAUGGCCGACAUAGAGAGAAGAAAAUAUGACCGAAAGAGAAACGCUACUGCACGAAAGUAUGCUAAGAUAGAAGAAAGUCUAGACAUUCUUGAAAAAAUGGAUGUCACAGUACUGGGAACAACAGGGUGUGGAUCUCCUGAACUUGCCAACAUUCAUCGUGAUAGCUCCAGGCUCAAGUUCUCAGCAUAUUAUGACCCAGGCAGAGACAUGAUAGAUCCCUGUCGCACCACAAAAUUUCACGCUCACUUCAAGCCUUUCCACGUCGUUCAUGCUAAAUACCAACCUGGCCAGAUCCCAAAACCUCCUUCAAGGAAUAACAACUCUGGUGUUCAGAUCAAGCAUAUUCACCAUGUUCCUAAAGCUUCGUCUACAAUCUCAAAGUCCACGUCCACCAGCACGUCCACCAGCACCAACAACUUAUCAGCUAACAUGGUGGACAAUUUCCUUUCGGAACUGAUUGUCAGUGAACUGCGGGAUGUGCUAUCGGAGUGUCAAGAGGAGAUGGAGAGUGAGAUCGUAGUGGACGGUUUGAUCGACAAUAUUCUUGAAGACGUGGUCAAUUAUGAGACCCCAGAAUUCGAUACCCCAAUCCAGACAGUAUCUUACUUUACUUUUACUGACACGAAUGAAUCGAAUGUCUGUUGGAGUGACGUAUUCACAGUCAGUAGUAAUCUUACUGCAGACGACUUGAUAGAGGACGUCGUCAAGAAGAUCAUGAGAUGUUUUGAAGGCAAGCACAAGGAUGUAUACCCUGGACAAACCUCGGCAAUGGACUGCAGAACAAAGGAUGGAGAAGAUAUUAUCACAGAUAUCAUCACGAGACUCGUUGCUACUGUUCAGCACUUCACCGGGGGCUCAGAAACCCAAGCUUCGCAAUUAUCUUGUCAAUAUAUACUAUCCUCCGCACAAUCCUCAAGAGAAACUUUAAAAGAUAUCCAUAAAAGAUCUCAGUUUUUGUUGAAUCAUGCUCUUGACAUAGCGCAGGUCAAGCUAAAGCUGAGUGGAUACUCAUAUUUGACAUGGAAUAUCAUGGAAGAUUGCCUGAAAAAGGGUAUGGACAAGCUACUGGACGAGAGGCCUAGCAUUGUCACCCAACUGUCUGACGUAGAGGUUGUGGAAUGGAUCAUGGAGGAGGGUAAGAAAUUUUUACAAGGUGCCACCAGUAUGAUGCAUGGUGUGUUGCAUGGAUGUAAAGAUGAAGCGGAGCCUGAAAAUGGACUGGCUGAGCAGAAUUACUUGGAGCAGCUCCAAAAGUCUGAUGAUCAACCUGAGAUGAUCGACGAAAGAAUGCUUGAUGAAGUUGCUGCAGAAGGUGACAUUGCAAAAUUCGCUAUUUUGCUUGUAAAAAAGACUCUCUACGAGGCAUCUGAGAGUAUCCCAAGGAGAAGUAGCCAUAUGCUAGCAGAGGCUCUUCAGGAAGGCAACUAUGACCUGGCUGGUUCAAUCUUAGCAGCUAAUGCGAUCAAGGUCGCUCACAAAGAAAUUGAAUUAGAUCCACAAAAACCCACCAUCACCGAUUUGAAGGAUGCUCUGAAAAAUGGUGAUAUUUUAACCGCGGGGACUCUACUCGCAAAUCGUGCUAUUCAACAAGCCAUGAAUAUCAAUAAAAACGAGUCUUGUCCAAUCGAACAAAAAAUCAGUACGAUGAUAUUGGAGAUUGCCUUAGAGCAAGGUGAUUUAGACACAGCUGGAAAAUCCAUGAUAGAAGUUUCAUUACGAGAAGCUCUGAAAUACAUAAACACUCCCGCACCAGAAGUCAGCUUGGAUCAAGCCCUUAAAUAUGGAGAUCUCGAAGUGGCUGGGACUAUUAUGACCGACAUAGCUUUACAGCAAGGAUUGCAACAUAUCUUCGAGGAAGAUUGUCAAGUUCGAAGGGAUAGCAGCAUAUUCCUGGAAAAAGCUUUACAUACGGGUGAUAUGCCAGUUGCAGGAGAUAUAAUUGUAUCUAGACUACUGAGGAGUGGUAUGGGUGAACUUAUCGAUGAAAUAGAUGAAGAGUUAGUCGAGCAAGUCCUUACCAGACCUAACACUAUUAUUACAGCAAAUAGCAGCCAGAUACUUAGUCAUGCUUUAGUCAGUGGUGAUUUUGAGAGCGCUGCGCCGGUCUUGAUCAACAGAGCUCUAAGGUCAGCACAAGACGACGAGAUAAAAGAAAGUAUCAUACCGAUUACUAGCAGCGACAUACUUAAAGAUGCCUUGUCCUCAGGCAAUUUAGAGACAGCUGCGCCAGUUUUAGCAAACAGAGCUCUAAGAUCAGCACAAGGCGGCAAAAUAGAAGAAAGCGUUAUACCGAUGACUAGCAGCGACAUACUUAAAGAUGCCUUGUCCUCAGGCAAUUUAGAGACAGCUGCGCCAGUUUUAGCAAACAGAGCUCUAAGAUCAGCACAAGGCGGCAAAAUAGAAGAAAGCGUUAUACCGAUGACUAGCAGCGACAUACUUAAAGAUGCCUUGUCCUCAGGCAAUUUAGAGACAGCUGCGCCAGUUUUAGCAAACAGAGCUCUAAGAUCAGCACAAGGCGGCAAAAUAGAAGAAAGCGUUAUGCCGAUGACUAGCAGCGACAUACUUAAAGAUGCCUUGUCCUCAGGCAAUUUAGAGACAGCUGCGCCAGUUUUAGCAAACAGAGCUCUAAGAUCAGCACAAGGCGGCAAAAUAGAAGAAGAAAAACAAAAUGAUAUCACGGUUAAAGAUCCAGGAAACACUCAUAGCACAUUGAAAUUAUCACUAGACGCGGAGAUGGAAGAAUUAAAUAGACUAACUGAAGAAUUGAGCAUGGAAGAGGAGGAGGCAAAAACAGUCCAUUCUGUCAACUCGUGCGAGGAUAUGGAAAUAGUAAAAACGUCCUCCAGUUUAACGUUAGGAGAGGAGAUAGUGCCGACAUUUAAAGAUGGAAUUUAUUAUUUAGAGGCAUUGAAGAAAACCAACAUUGACGAGGUCGCGUACGAUCGAGGGCUUUCUUUUGUCAGAUGCAUUCUGGACGACAUCACUUUGCAGUUUGAGAAUAUUUUCGAGAAUGAUGUCAAGAAUAAGUGUCAAAUUUUGAAACCGUCUUUGCUUAAAUCUGACUAUAGCGGUGCUGCUAGCGUUCUUGUGAAAUGUUUCCUUGACACUGUCAGAUCGAAAACUCUUCCAAUAGUUGAAACUGGGACGAAUAUAAUUAAAUUCGCUUCCUUGAUGUCAAAGUUAGUUUUCCAAAGUUGUUUAGAAAUAAUACGAGGAGGUUCAGGAUCGGAGAUGACGAAGAUAUGCGACACUAUAAAUGAUCAUCUCCGAAGAACUCUUUCCUACAUUAAUAUUACUGCCGGAACCGAAGCGAUCAUUUCCAUGGUAAUAGGAAAAUGUUUAACGAUUAUCGCUAACAGUGCAAGCAAAGAAGUCAGAGGACAAAGCUCGAUAGAGUUGUUUGAAGCCUGUAUGACAGGUGAUGCGAGUCGAGCUGGAGGUAUUCUUUCUCGAAAGGUUUUGAAAAAGGCGGAAGACGCGACUCAGGGUGGUGUUGGAACUUUCAAAAGCACGGAUGAGAUUUUAAGCGAAAAACAUGACAAAAAUGGAUCGAAGAAGUCGUCAACUACAGAGACUUCAAUACGAUCCACAAAGAGUAAGAAGAAGAUCAAUACUGAACGACUUCCUAUGCCAAAGCCAUUAUCAGCGACCAAAUCACGAUCAAGUUCAAAUAAUUAUGAGCCUAUUAGAGAACUUCUUAUGUCUGAAGAGCGUGAGUUCAAGGUAAACCAGAUGGUAUCCAACUCUGAACGAUCGGUUCUAAAAUCAAACUCUUCCAGAGCAGCUGCUACAAACAAAUCCUACGAAGACUUUAGGCGGAAAGAUUCAACUGAAAAUUCUGUUGAACGGCUCGCAGAGUUUUGUGAGCGACAACUUCAAGAAAAUACCAGAGAAGUGGGUGAUCAAUUCACACUGCACCCCUCGGAUGAGCCACUUCCCCAAAAUCCUGACAGCGUCAGUAAUGAAUCCCUGGGUUAUGUCCGAAAGAUCCAAAGCAAAGGUCACAUAUACUACAUCAACGAGGACGGGCUGAUUAAAAAACGCGCAAGACGAAAACGAUCUUCCAAGAAACGACUCUCUCAAGAUGAUCUUAAAGUUUUUCCUGAGCAGAACGCUGAGGAUAAAGAUGACGAUAAUUCUGGUGUACCACGGGCAGUAAGUUCGGAAGCGAGCCUUCUGAAUACAUCUCCUACAGAUGAGCAACAAUUGAUUGCUCCGAAGAAAUCUUUAGAUUAUCGUAGAAGCAUCGUGAAAAAAGACUCAAGCCUUCAAGUUUUGGCAGUAAUUAAUUCGUCUUACACGAAUAUGCUCGGUAAGAAAAGUUCCAGUGACGUUGUUAACAACAAAGAAUCUGAGAUGAAACCAACAUCAAGCAAAAUAAGAGCCAGGCCCAGUAUAGAUGAAAUGUUGAGUGAAACCGACAAGGAACUCAUCCAGAAACUUUCAAAUGAAUCAGCUGAACAAAAGCAAGCUGAUUUAUAAUGUAAUAUUAAGAUAUUGUCAAUAAAUCAUAAUUACUAUCAGAGAUAGUAUAAUUUUGAGAUAUCAUUUUAUAAAUUUUAUGGCACUUAUCAGAAUUUGAUAUUUAUUGAAAAUUAUGUAUUUUCGGAAGUUUUUACUGGUAUGACAAACAUGUUGUGAAGUAAGAAGUUGUUUAAAAUCACACAAUACAAUGGCGAGAUCCGACUAA